AUGUCAAUAUCGAACUCAGCAUCCUUGAUAACAUCAACUCUAUUGAGAUGUUCUGCAUUGAAAAUAAUACCCGCGAUUGAUACAAGCUUUGUCGAGAUUCUCUCUAAAAAUGUUGAAAGAGGAUGCUCACAAAAAUCUGCUGAAUUGGUAUCUGAAUAUUUUGAAAAGGCAGGUCCUGCCAUUAUUGACUUUUACUUGUGCCGUAAAUCAGAGAUUUUGAAAGACAAAAAUGCGAAGAAGCUAUACCUACCAAUGAUUGAAAAACUAAUUCUGGCUUCUAAAAAUAUCAGUAUUUCAGCAGCCGGUGGGGAACACAUCAAAAGAACUAAACAAGGAUUACAAACAAUCAAGCAUCUCAUGGAUCUCUCAAAGAAGAACUCAAAGAAUAGUGACACAGACGGCCAUCCCAGUAUUAUGAGCCAACUUAUUACAAAUCCCACUGAAGAGUCACUUAAUAAGCUAGCAAUAUCUGUUCAGAAUUCGAAGGCUAUCGAGAUUUUAACUCCAUCUCAAACAAAGGCUCUAUUGUCAUCGACUAAAAAACUGCUUGCCACUGGAGAUAUUGAUCAGCUAGUAUCUACUGCUGCGGUAUUCUCUGGUGAAAGCAAAGAAUAUUCAAAGGCGGCUGCGCAAAUGUUAUCGCUCUUUUCGACUUGGUUAAACAAACAGGAAAGCAUAUCCAUACCAUAUACAUCUGUACGUGAGUUUUAUUCCAAGCUUGCAACCUACUUUCGAUCAUUCGAACGCUAUCAAGAGCUCAAGUACAUAUCAGAUAGUCUGCUCAAUCUUAGCUCAAAAGCCAAAUCAUCAACAGAAAGCGCAGUCAACUAUCCAGGUUUAUUAAAGGAUUCACUGGAACUGGAACUGGGAAUAAUUCGGGCUCAACCGGAUUCACAAGCUAGUCCUAAGCUAAUUUCAAAACUCGAAAGGUUAGUGGUAAGCAAUCUCUCAUCGGAGAAAUACGACGAAGCAAUAGACCUUAUAACUAGGGUAUUGGAAGUACUAUUUGAUGUCAAUAACAUCACCCAUAAUACUCCAAUAGCCGAAGUCAAACAUAUGGCCUCAAUAUCACAAUGCAUAUUGUUCAUGGCCCGAAUAUACACAAAGCGACCCGAUACAUUAUCCUCUUUAACUUCGGCCAAUACUUGCAAAGAGCACCAGUCAAUAAUUUUAGAACUUUUAUUGUGGAACUUUGUGGGCAGCGCAAGCCCUUCAAAAAAUGAUUUGGCGGCCAUCAUAGUUCGCUCACUUUCAUCAGAUGGCAAUCUUCGCCCUGACUCUCGGUUACGGCCAUAUAUCGCAUAUUUUUUUGUCACCGGGUCAUUGUACUCAGGCCAAGAAUUCAACCCGGAUUCUCUUGUUGAACAGCUGAUAGCGGAUGACUCACUCCCCGAAACAUUUUAUGUUAAGAGCAUGACAUAUUUCUCGUUAUCUAUUGCAAACCAUUCGAACCAACAAAAGGUUGCUUAUAUCUGUAACGCAGUUCAAGACUUAUCGCAGUUUCUGUCGUUAACACGCCAUCCCAUUUUAUACAAAACCGAAAUAGAGGCAAUUUCUUCAUUUUUAGAUUCUCACAUGUUUCAUGAUCAGAAGAAUGGUUUAUUAUUACAAUUUAUUGAUUCCCUGCGGAAUGAUUUGAGCCAAGACAUGUCUGAUUUGUCUGAGCUGGAAUGCUCCUAUCGAUUGGAUAUUGCCAGGUCUUAUCUAUAUUUGGGCUUUUCUGGCGUGGUGGGACAGCAACUCUUGACAGCUAAUAAGCUUCUUACCCAGGCUGUAUCAUCACCAAUACAGUACGCAUUUCUGCUUGCCAUGGAAACAGAAUAUUCUGCAUCAAUAGACCGUAGAGACGAUGCUGUGUCAUGUCUUUCAAGACUUCAAAAGCACAUUUCGAGCAGUCCUAUUUUAAGUGAACCACUUUCGGCGGGUCGUAAUGCGAAUGAAUCAUCCCACCAGUUUCAGCAGCGUAUUAUUCUCUAUUGUAGGGUAACAGAGGCGUUCUCCAGCGUAUGGUCUAUAACGGGUGCUAAGGAAUUGGCAAUUGUUGCAAUGUUAAAUCUUACUCGUUUAUUACCUGGCCUUCUAAAGCGACCAGGGUACAGUUUUUGGAGUCUCUCAAGUAUGCUCAUGGAUGUUCAUUUUCGAAUUGCCAAACUCUAUGAACAGCUUGGAAUCGUCAAAGAAGCGAUAUAUCAUAUUCAUGAAGCGAUAAAGCUGGCAGAAUCCACGGAAUGCUUUCUAGCCCAAUCCCAAUAUUUGACAUUUGAAGCAGAGUUGUCGGUAAAGAUGGACAAACAAGAGGAUGCCAAAAGCAUUUUACAUCGAUGCGAGGAGAUUUUCGAUGAAGACAAACAGGUCGUACCUUUGGCUAAGAAAGGUAUUGAAUUUCUCAAUAUUAUUUAUUCAACAGCGUUUUAUCUUCAGCGCCAAAAUAUGUUCGCUGAAGAACGACUCUAUUAUGAUAUGGCCGAGUCGGUGUACGGAGAUCUUCAGUAUCCGGACGAUAGUAAGAGUGUGGAAAGUAUCUCGAGAAGAGUCUCUGAAUUAAGCCUUAAAACAGCUCCGAUCCGUAGGGCGAUUGGCUUGGAGUCUGUUCGCAAUAAGCUUAUCAGAAAUCAUGCAUACAGCCUGGAAGAACAGGGGCUUGUUGAUGUUGCAACCAAUAUUUUAGUAACAGAUCACGUCAUUGGCCCCGCAUCACCAGUGAAAUCGCCAUCUAAGAUUAGGAGCACGGAGAAUGUGGCCACGAGAGAGGAGAUUCUGUUUAAAAUAUCGCAAUCGAGAAAUUGCUUUGUGAAAGCAAAAAAGGUCCUUUUACUAGAUCCAGUAUUUGGCGUCCUACAGGACUCGGCUAUUUCAGUUCCAUCUGUGAACACAGAUAUAGGAGGUGGCAGCAAUCGGAAGUCCUCAUUGACAAACAUGCCUACUAAUGCUCAAUGUGCAGAAGCGGUUAAACACCUUGUUCGAGCUAGAUCAAUCCUAACUGAGAAUUUAGAGAAAAUCAAAGAGGUCUGUACAAAUACUGAGCUGGUAGAUAUGUCAAACAUCCUUAACAAUGUAUCCAUAUUACUGUCUGCUGUUUGUACUGCUCAAGAAAAAUCUCUUUACAGCUAUUUCUCGCAUCUUGAGUUAACGAAAGCCUCUUCAGUUCUGAGCGAAAGACAGAUUGCUAUUUUGCGAGAGCAGGAUGCUUCAAACUAUCUAGAUUGGCCAAACCAGGAUCGUAAAGAGGCAGCCGGUCAGUAUAAGCCGAUUGCUGUCGGCAGUCUGGAUGGCAAUCACUUCGGAAGCAAAAUUCCAGACAACUGGUUAGUAGUUUCGCUGAAUAUCGCUCCUGCUACGGGCAAUCUUAUAGUCUCGCGGUAUGAGAAAGAACGAGACCCUUUUAUAAUCACACUGCCUCUGAACAGGCAUAGUAGCAGGGAUGUGGAUGAGGUAUCCUUUUCAUACAAUGAUGGUUUACAGAGACUCCGAGAUAUUAUUUCUCGCAGCAAUGACUCUGCAGAUAUUUCUAGAACAUCUCAGAUUCACACCCCAGAUGCGAAGAGAGCUUGGUGGCACGAGAGGUUUGAGAUGGAUAAAGAGCUUGAAUCUUUAUUAUAUGAAUCGCAGUUCUGCUGGCUUGGAGGAUUUAGGGGUAUUUUGGACUCGGAAGUACCUGAUAAAAAGCUUGCUGAGAAGUUUGUGAAAGAUUUUAAGCAAAUACUAGACAGAUACUUGCCAUCUAGAGCCAAUACACUGCGGCCACGAAGGGGCGUCAGAUCAGCUGGAGCUGCAAAUAAAGGUGUCCCUCAGCAACCUGUGGAUCUAAGCCCUCGGGUAUUCGAGCUCUUCUUGACUCUGGGACAUCCUGAUACUUUGGAGGAUCCUGGGCUUCUAGAAGAUUUAGUUUAUUUUGUUCUCGAUAUUAUUCAGUUCCAUGGAGAGCAAAAUGCCUAUGAUGAGCUCGACAUUGACCAGCUGGUGGUGGAUGUAGAAGAAGCCCUACGUAGUUAUCACACACGUUAUGGAAAAGUUACGAACAAGAAAAAUUACGACCAUGUCAUCCUGGUGCUAGACAAAAAAUGCCAACAAUUUCCAUGGGAGUCAAUUCCAUUAUUGAGAAAGCGGUCUGUAAGUCGAGUUCCAUCACUAGCAAUUCUCAACAAGCUAUUGUCUGCUAGGAAAAGCUCCUCGUACUCGCCCCCAGGAAAUGACGUUUUCUAUGUUCUCAACCCAUCUAAAGACUUGAUUCGAACUCAGGAAAGAUUUGAAGAACCAUUCAAAAAUAUGUCAGGUUGGCAGGGAAUAGUUAGUAGAGCACCAUCAGAGGAUGAGAUUGUUAAUGCUUUGAACGAGAAAGACUUGUUUAUUUAUGUUGGUCAUGGUGGGGGUGAGCGUUAUAUUCGGUCGGCUAAAAUAAAAGGACUGAAAAAGUGCUGUCCUACAUUACUCUUUGGCUGUAGUUCGGGACUAGUCCAGGAAGCAGGUGAAUAUGAUCCUUACGGGACUUGCAUGAGCUUUAUGGCUUCCGAAUGUCCUAUGCUAUUAGCCAACAUGUGGGACGUAACCGACAAGGAUAUCGAUACUUUCAGUCGAAACAUGCUAGAAAGAUGGGGUGUUUUGAGUGGCCAGCGGGCAACAGUUGACAAUGGGAGAUACAACGUGGCCCAGGCUGUGGCCAUGACGAGAGACGAUUGUACAUUAAAAUUUCUAACUGGCGCAGCGCCUGUCAUAUACGGACUCCCUUUGGAGUCUGCUAUUAGUUAUGACUAA